CACUGACGUUUUCUCUUCUAUGAUGGGCUUCUUUUGUGGGGAGAACUGUGCUUAUUAUUUUGGAUAUAUUUCCUUUCGACAACACUGCAUGUUGUUAUUUAUUUACUGUUAAAAUUUAGAGAUACGUUAGCAGAAACAGGAAUAAAAUAGGUAUAUAGUCGUACUGGGAAUAAGAUGGAAAACAUAUGCGCUCUCUGGGUUCUGCUGAACCUUUGUUUCAGCGUUUUUAUUAUGGCGGGCAUUGCUCGUGGUGACGUGAGCUAUUCUGUACCGGAGGAGAUGAAAAUCGGAUAUGUGAUUGGAAAUAUAGCCAAGGAUCUCGGACUUAAUCUGAACAGUCUCUCAGUUCGGAAGGCCCGUAUUGAUGGCGAGGGAACACGGAGAAAACACUGCGACAUUAAUGUGUAUAAUGGAGAACUGACCGUAUCAGAGAGGAUUGACAGAGAGGGGCUUUGUGGAAAGAAAUCUGUUUGCAUCUUAAAACAGGAGCUGGUGCUGGAGAAUCCACUGGAAUCUCAUCGGAUUAACAUAAAUGUUCAAGAUGUAAACGACAAUUCACCUGUAUUCAAAAAAGGCGUUGUAAAAUUGGAAAUUAGAGAAUCGGCAGUUAAAGGCUCUCGUUUUCUUUUGGAGGAGGCUCACGAUGCAGACAUUGGAACAAAUUCGGUUCAGAGCUAUACUCUAUCAAUAAACGAACAUUUUUCAUUAGCGGUCAGUUCGAAAGCAGGUGGCUGGAUUUCCUGUGAGUUGAUGUUGGAUAAGGAGUUAGAUCGUGAGCUGGAAAAAGAGGUAACAUUAACUCUCACUGCAGUUGAUGGUGGGACUCCACCAAGAUCAGGUACUGUAACUAUACACGUCACUGUACUGGAUGCUAAUGAUAAUGCUCCAGUGUUUACAAAGUCUGUUUAUAAAGUCAGUCUGCCUGAAAAUUCUCCUCUAGAUACUCUGGUGGCUACAGUGAGUGCUACUGAUGCAGAUGAAGGGGUAAACGGGGAGGUUUUUUAUGAAUUUAGCCACGUAUCUGAGAAUGAUUUAGCAACAUUCUCUCUCAACCCUAAUUCUGGGCAGAUACGCUUGAUUGGUUCUAUAGACUACGAAGAAGAGUCUUCAUUUGAAAUUAAGAUUCAGGCUACUGAUGGUUUAGGGUUAGUAUCGUUUGCUGUUGUAAACAUAGAAAUUUUGGACAUUAAUGAUAACUCCCCUCUUAUAUUUGUUAAAACACUUUAUAAUCCUAUUCCAGAGAAUGUAGUGCUUUCUACAGAGGUGGGCAUCAUUAAUGUGCAAGAUAAAGAUUCAGAGAAUAGUGGUAAGGUUAAUUGCGCAAUUCAGCAGAACAUCCCUUUUAAAGUUGUUCCAUCCAUCAAAAAUUAUUAUUCCCUUGUAACAACAGGUGAAUUAGACAGAGAGCUAAUUUCUGAAUAUAACAUAACGAUCACUGCUACUGAUGAAGGCUCUCCCCCUUUAUCCUCCUCCAAAACUAUUCAUCUUUCAGUAGCUGAUGUAAAUGAUAAUCCACCUGUAUUUGAGGAGCAGUUUUACAGCGCUCAUGUGAAAGAAAAUAACAAACCAGGCUCUUCUGUUUGUACAAUAGCAGCAAGAGACCCAGACUGGAGACAGAAUGGUACUAUAGUUUAUUCUUUAUUACCGUCUCAUAUUAAUGGUUCACCAGUGUCCUCACUUUUAUCAGUUAAUGGAGACACAGGUGUUAUCCAUGCAGUGAGAUCUUUUGAUUAUGAACAGUUUAAAAGUUUUAAAGUGCUUGUCUUAGCCAGAGACAACGGUUCUCCUCCACUCAGUAGUAACGUGACUGUGAGUGUUUUCAUAACUGAUGAGAAUGAUAACUCCCCACAAAUAUUAUACCCCUCUCUGGAAGGAAACUCUUUUAUGACUGAGAUGGUGCCCAAAGCUGCCCUGUCAGGUUCUCUGGUAUCCAAGGUAAUCGCAGUGGAUGCAGACUCUGGUCAGAACUCCUGGCUUUCUUAUCAUAUAGUGAAGGCCACUGAUCCCGGGCUUUUCACUAUUGGUGAACACAGUGGAGAAAUCAGACUUCAAAGGGACAUUUAUGAGUCCAUUAAUAUGAAGCAGAAUCUUAUUGUUUCCGUGAAAGAUAACGGAGAGCCUGCGCUCUCUGCUACUUGUGUACUGUGUUUACUCAUUUCUGAUAACUUGGCUGAAGUACCAGAACUGAAAGACAUGUCUUAUGAUGAGAGCAGCUCCAAACUCACUUUUUAUUUGAUCAUCGCGCUGGUGUCCGUCUCCACUUUCUUCCUCACUUUCAUCAUCAUUAUCCUGGCCGUGAGGUUUUGUCACAGGAGGAAGCCCAGACUGUUGUUUGAUGGAGCUGUAGCUAUUCCCAGCGCAUAUCUCCCUCCAAAUUACGCAGAAGUUGAUGGAACGGGAACUCUUCGAAGCACCUACAACUAUGAUGCAUAUCUGACCACAGGAUCACGAACCAGUGAUUUUAAGUUCGUCUCAUCUUACAGUGACGGAACUCUGCCUGCCGAUCUGACGCUGAAGAAGGGUAAAUCCGUCGAGGACAUGCUGAGAUGUUCUGGUGAUGAACUUGAAACUUUAAACCAGGUAUGGCAUUUCGUUUUUUACGAUCUAUUACAUUGA